AUGGCCAUGAGGGCCAAGCAGCGUCCGAUGGACAUCUCCCCGAUUGUUGAUAUUGAUACACUACCUGGAGAGGCAGUGGUGAUACUAUGGAUGGGGCAUCUAGUCCAUUUUGCUGAUAGGCGUGCCUCCAGGCUUGAGGCGAUAGUCCCUGGGAUUAUUGACAGGGCCCUUAUUGUUUGUGUGACACCUUUUAGUGUGUCUAUUGAUGCCCUUACAACAUGGAUAUUGGUGUGUAAGCGAGGCCACGGGGCCAUUGAUGAGGUGAUGACUCUGAAGGCCGCAUUUGCUGAGCUGAGGAAUGACAUGGAUCAGUUAAAGUCCACAUAUAGGUACAUGAUAUUUGGGACUGUGGAGAUCCCCGACAUGCCAUCUUAUAUAGAUGUGCCUCCAGCAAACACCGAAUAUGAGGUUCGAGUUGAGGAGAUAGUUGUUGCUGAGUUCGAGGCUGAGACUAAUGAGGAAUAG